CGUGGCCACUUGCGCUGCUUGGUUAGAAAGGGAAAACUAUAUAAUGAAAAGGAAAUGCCAAAAAUUGAGAAGAGACAAAGCAGGCUGCACGAAACGGGAGUGAGGUCAUUAAUCGUGGAGAAGCCAAAGCAGACGCAAGUGGACUCGUUGACUGCGCACAGCUGCAUAAAAAUUAUAUUGUGAAAAGAGUUAUGAGCAACGCUGAUAUGGACGGACGGACGGACGGCGAGGACCCUGAUAUUCUUAACCCGACAAAUACGUAAAAAUUAAUUCAAGAUAUCGAUAUUGCCAUCAGUAAGUGGCUCAUGUAUCACCUCUAGAAUUGCAAUUUUCACGCAAAGAGUUUACAAUUACACGCUUGAUUGUGGGCAUCUUAGCUUUAAAACUGAACACAGUAUUAAAUAAUUUUAUACAUAAUGUACGUGCUCCUACUAAUCCUUUUAGGAAUCUCACGCUACAGGGCUCAGAAGAAUUCGCAAUUGCCAGAUGGAUUUUACGCAGCCAUAGUGAACAGCUUUUCGAACAGGAACAUUAUGUUCUCCACGGAGAUGAUACGAUCCAGCAUGCUGUUCAUCUAUGUGGGCGUGGAGGAGGGUGAAUCCGAGCAAAUUCGAAAGGCUAUGCACUACCGGGGAACACAUCUAUCUGAUUACAAGCCGAAAACCCAGAAAAUCUUUGUUAUGAGUGCGCAGAAGGCACCAGUGGCCAAGAGUGUUACCCGAUUCUAUGUACGUCUGAAUAUGAAGAUGUCCACGGAUUAUAGACUUUUUAUGCGGCAUACAGAGGGAAGAGCUCGUAAUAUCGCCUUUGUUCGUGAAAAACUAGACGAGGUGAAUACAUUUUACAGCCGUGAAAUGGGCGAGCAAAUGGGGCAGGUGGUAAAAGAAAGCUGGUGGAAACCGAACAGCCAAGGACUCCUCAUAAAUGCCAUUUUCUUCAAUUUGAGUUGGGCGCGGACUUUCAAUCCGGAAGCCACAUAUCCCCGGGAGUUUCGAGUAAAUGCCGCAAAGAGCGUUAUGAUACCCAUGAUGCACGAGGAUAGUAAGUUUGCAUUUGGCAUCCUAGGGAAUCUUAAAGCCACCGCCAUUUUGGUGCCCUUUUCCCAGGGAGAUCUCCAAAUGCUCUUGAUAAAGCCCGAUCAGCCUGAUGGACUUGCUGCCUUGCAAAUGAUGCUGCAGGCCAUGAAUAUCUUAAGUGUUGCCGGGAACCUCACAAUGAUGGAUGUGUUUGUGGGUAUUCCAAAGUUUAAGAUACACAGUGAUCUAGAACUCUCUCCAGCUUUUGAAAAGAUGGGCAUCAAGGAUAUAUUCAAGCCGAGCAAGUCAUUUUCAACAUUGCUUCACAGGAAUACCGACUUUCGGAUUGACCGAAUUAUCCAUGUUGUCACCUUUGAGUUUCAGGAGCAGGGCAUUGGUACACCAAGUACGGAUGUUGGCAAUGGUAGUUUGACACACACCUUUAAUGGGGUGAAAUAUUUUCUGGCUACUCAUCCUUUUGCUUUCUACAUCAUAGAUAACACAUCCAUUUUCUUUGCCGGUCAUGUAACAAGCUUUUAGAAAUUAAAAAAAUAUAUAUAUCAAAUUAUUGGUGAAUAAUACAUCAAUAGCUAAUGGGUCAGGUAAUUUUUAUAUUCUCACCGUUUGUGGGGAAAUAUUAUUGCAGAGCUAUAAUGUUUAUGAAUCGUUUCGUGUAUUAAAAAAAUAAUGUUAAUUUGUGGUCGAGCCAUAUUCAUUUCAUUCGGCUCCCGAAAUAUCUUUUGAUUAGCCAAAGGAAUGGCACUGGUUGUGCGCCAUAAGAAUCCAGGUCAUGUAGUCCACAUAUAAAUCCCGGCAAAUUCAUGCAUGACCCAUAAAAACCAAUGCCCCCACUUGGCCAACGGACUUCCCGGCACUCCAGGAACAUAUUUCCUAUUUAUGACUGCAACUUUCGGUCGAGUCCGGGUAGGGUGCAAAAAUUUCAACACGCUCACACAAAAAUUGCCAAUUAAGCGCAUUUAUGACUGCAGCGCAGCGGAAGUAUGUGCGGCAUGCAACUAGCCGGGUAGAAGUCGGGGUCACCACCCCCGGAAUCACCAGCUCCCGGUGGAAACAGUGUCUGGCCCAUAAACAUCCUUAAUGCGAGGACGUGUGCACUCCGAAGACGCUCGUCGGAUUAUUAAGAAACAAUGAAGACGGGACGUCGCUAGAAGCCAUAAAAGCGGACACAUAACGCCCGCUUUAUGGCGCAAGUUAAAACCGGAAACAAAAUAGUUGACACCGCGCGGACAUUGACCAUCGGAUACUAGGGGGUGUUUAAAGGGAGCUGGCUGACGCAUACUCUCGUAAAACUUGGGUCAAUGACGAAAACAUAAUUUGUAAUUUGAAUUUGCUUCGUGUUCGAGCAUAAGCAAUGAGCUUACCAGAAUGUCCUUCGCAGUUGUCCUUUGGCUUUAAGGGAUUCAGCUCGCGUUUUGAUCAUGGCGCAUAUAAUUCGUUGGAAUAGUGAUUGCUGCUGCUGGAGAAGAGGCUUGUGGAUUGUCACUACAGGAAAUCAGCAGGUGUGAUAUAUUGUUUAUAACAUUUUGGCGUGUGUUCAGCAAACCCUUGACGUUGAAUAAUAAUUAAAUUUUCUUAUAGUUGUAGCUUUAUCUAUUCAUUGUGUGGCUUGAAUGAUUUGUGGUUCCUUGUAUGCGAUAAGAGACUGAGAUAAUGUUUAGAAACGAUGGUAAGGUGAAUUCAAUUAAUCAGUUAAAUCAAAACUUUGUUAAUUAAUUGCAAGACUUAACAUCCAGAAAGGUGAUAUGAGUAAAUUAAUUUAUCAGUCUCACGAAAUUGUGUUAAUUAAUUUUGAGAUUCCAGACCAAAUUAACUGAGGAACGAAUUACACGAGUAACUCCACAUUGCAGCGAGAUAUAAACUGAAAUUAAAAAAUAUCUUCUACAUGGGGAGUUGCGUCUUGGGCUGAGCCCUUGGCUUUGGGGUAAGGGAUUCCUUUUUCCUUCGACUGAUUUAUGCGCUUAUCACGCAAGCGUCGCCGUUUUUAUGUCGCUGUCGUCGCCGUCUGUCGGCCAUAAAUGUCCUGGCCCGAGUCCUGGUCACAAAUUUGCCAGUUUAAUGCUCCCUCGGAUCUCGACUAGCGCUUUUCAAUUUCUCCACACAUACCUGCGAAAUGGCUUAGGCUCAUCCUUCGCCCUUCGUGACAGUUUUUCAUUACGCACAAAUCCUUCGGGCAUACACAGUCACAUUAAAAAAGGAUGUUGACUAAGAGCCAAAAGUAAAGAGGAACAGGGUGCGAUGUAAGCAAACAGCGAAUGGAGACUGCCGUUUUAGGAAUUUCAUAAAAAUCGUUGCCGGCUUAUCGCAGCUUUAAGAUGUCUGUGGGUGCUCGCAUGUCCUUUGCCCUGCAACACUUUCAAAGUGACAUUAUGCAACUUUGAGCGGCAGCAACAAGAACUGCAGCUAUCUAAAUUACCCAGAGACAUCCGGCAUGGCAGGACGCUCUUAUGCGCUCAAGGAUCAACAGGAAGCGCCCCAAGGAGUCUGACUAGCUCCAUGUGUUGCAUUUUGCCUUCAUGUUUUUUUUGUUACGUUCCUUUGCCCUGCAAAUUUCAUUUGGCACUGCGACAGGAAGGAAAUGUGAGCAUGCAAAGCCGAAAAAGGUCCUGCAUAGACAGAGAUAAGUUGCGCAGCAGUCGCCAAUUAAUCCGUCGUCCUGGACGUGUUAACAUUCCGCCACUUCAGAACCAGAGAUCAAGUGGCCUCCAGUCAAGGCCAGAAGUCACGUAUUCUGGAGAACGGGGCAGCCAAAGCUUCAAGCCAAAAUCGGUUUCUACCUUUAUUUUCAACUUGUUUGGGAGAUAUUGCAUGAUUUCAAUGAUUUCAAAUACGCUCAAAAACCUGGCCAUUGGCGCCACAGUUCACAGUGGACACGCUUCUAGGAGCGUGGACGUAAUAAAUGGUCAAUAAAUUCCCAACUGAAACCGAUAUCAAAGGAAUGCAUUUUCCCGAUGAGUUAUUGAUAUAAAUAUAAUCAAAAUAAGCCGGCCCACUAAUCAUCAGCGAAAAAUUGCGAUCUCCAGUCAAUACGUCUGCUCGGAAUUCUGAUUAGACAAACUAAUCGCCAGUCAGACCCCAUGCGUGAAAAAAACCCCUUAGGGAGCGAUAAGAUCCCAUGCAGUCACAAAUCACAUC